AUGGAUUUAGAGCUGUUACAGAAAGGCAUAAUAGAGUACGCAAAGAAGAGGAGAAAAUGGGUAUUUCUUACCGGACUCACGUGCUACGGCGCCUACAACCUCUACAAGAGAAGGCAAAGUCUGUCCAAAUUCUUGGCAGCAUUCCUUUCCGUAGCUGAAAUGGUCUCUGAUUCCGCCGACGCAAUUGGGAUUCUGUCCAAAGAUCUCAAGCAGUUUCUCGCCUCGGAUUCCGAUCAAAUCCCUCAGAGUCUGAAGCAGCUCUCAAAAAUAGCAAAUUCUAAUGAAGUCUCCGACACAGUAACUAGGAUGACAAGGGCCACGGCUGUCGGAAUCUUGAGUGCCUAUAGCCACCAGUCGACGGCUAAAGGCGGCAGCGAUGAUCAUGGUUUCAUAGACAGGGUCAUGGACAAGUUAUUCUCCGAUGCAGGGGCCGGUUUCGCGUCUGCAGUGGCUGGAAGCUUCGCUAGGAACACGGUGAUGACACUAUAUUCGGAAUGGCAACGAGGAGGAGGAUGUGAUGGAGAUGCCUCCUCUGUUCCGUGGUGGAUCGAGCUAGUAUGCGAGGAGAAAUGCAGGGCGCUAGUCGGUGACAUGAUCCAGCAGUUUGUGAGCACAGGCUUGACCGUUUACCUGGAGAAGACGAUGGAUGUCAACGCGUACGAGGAGUUCUUCACGGGCUUGACUAACCCUAAGCACGAAGCCAGGGUGAAAGAGAUGAUAGGGUACCUUUGUAGUAAUGCGGUAGAUACCUGCAUCCGGACAUCUUACCACAUUUGGAGAGCGAACUCUAGUGCUGCUUCCAAGGUGCAUUUCGAUGGUUUUGGUGGAGACGAGAAGGGUGGAUUGAGAGCGAAGCAGGUGAGGAGAGCUGCGGAGAGGAAUAGGGAGAGUGGAUGGAUGAGGGCAAUGCGCGUGCCUGGCAAUAGGAGACUUGUUCUGGAUGUAACGGGGGUGGCAACAUUUGAGGGGGUGAGGUCGUUUGUGGAGGUCGUGUUGGAGAAGGUGGCGGAGGGUGUGAAGACGAGCGUGGACGUUGUUCAGCAGGAGGUGGUGGAGAAGGGAGUGGAAGCGAUCCGGUAUGCGAGUGGGAGAUCUUCUGCAAUGACUGCUCUGUGUCUUACCUUGUGCUUCAACAUUGUGAACAGCCCUUGGAUUUUGACGCCUUAUACAUGA